AUGUCGGCCCAGGACGAGAAGAACCAGAAUCAGCCACUGGACAUCGAAGCCAAGGCGACCAAGGAUGAGAAACAUUAUGGAUCUCGUAAAUUCAACCUCGAUACAGCGGAUGCUCUGACCCCUGAUCGCGGCACAGAGGACAUGUUCAACGCCCAGCAGGACAGCAAAUUUGCCUUUACCCCCGGCCAUCUUACCAAGCUCCUGAACCCCAAGAGCCUCAGUGCCUUCUAUGCUCUGGGAGGCCUGCGUGGCUUGGAGCGAGGUCUACAAACCAAUCGCAAAACCGGCCUAGGUGUUGACGAGGACAAGUUGGAUGCCCGGGUUUCCUUUGAGGAAGUCGCCCUCAAGGGCGUGCCCAAGUACGGCGCUGCUGGCAAUGCGGUUCCCCAGCCAGACCCUGAUGCGAAGAACGACGUUCCCAUUCCACCUCCCCCUUCCGAGUACACUGGCGGUUUCUCUGAUCGAAAGCACGCGUUUCGAGACAAUAGACUGCCCGCCAAGAAGCAGAAGUCCUUUCUGCAGAUGGUUUGGAUUGCUUACAACGACAAGGUGUUGAUUUUGUUGACAAUUGCGGCCGUCGUUUCCCUCGCUCUGGGCUUAUAUGAAACCUUUGGCCAAGCACACGCACCAGGUGAAGCCAGAGUCGAAUGGGUAGAGGGCGUUGCCAUUAUGAUUGCUAUCAUCAUCGUUGUCUUGGUCGGCUCAAUUAACGACUGGAAGAUGCAGCGUCAGUUCAACACACUCAACAAGAAGAAUGACGACCGCACUAUUAAGGUUGUUCGUUCUGGCAAGUCCGUGGAGAUCUCCGUCUACGACAUCGUGGUUGGCGAUGUCGUCCACCUUUCAACGGGAGACAUGGUCCCGGUUGACGGUAUCUUCAUCGAAGGCCAUGGGGUCAAAUGCGACGAGUCUUCAGCCACGGGCGAGUCUGAUCUCCUCAAAAAGGUUGGAGCCGACGAGGUGUACGAAGCUCUUGAGAAGAUGGCACAUGAGAACGUCGACCAUCCCGACAUGGAGAAAAUGGACCCCUUCAUCAUCUCUGGAAGUAAGGUCCAGGAGGGCACCGGCACUUUCUUGGUUACUGCAGUGGGUGUCAACUCCUCGUAUGGUCGAAUCACUAUGUCUCUCAGGACCGAGCAAGAAGACACCCCGUUACAGAGAAAGCUCAAUAUCCUUGCCGACCUCAUCGCCAAGGUUGGUGGCGGCGCAGCUCUGCUACUAUUUGUGGUGCUUUUCAUCAAGUUUCUCGCCGCACUCCCCGGAAACAACGACAGUCCUGAACAGAAAGGACAGGCUUUUCUUAAGCUCUUUAUCGUUUCUGUUACUGUCGUCGUUGUAGCGGUUCCCGAGGGUCUGCCCCUGGCUGUCACCUUGGCAUUGGCAUUCGCAACUACUCGAAUGAUGAAAGACAACAACUUGGUUCGAGUUCUGAAAGCCUGCGAAACGAUGGGAAAUGCGACGACUAUUUGUUCGGACAAGACAGGAACCCUCACACAGAACAAGAUGUCGGAAGGAGAACACACAUUUAUUGGAUCCAAGACUGAAGUCGCUCUGCUUACCUUCAGCCGGGAUCAGUUGGGAGCCGGGCCUGUUCAAGAGGAGCGAACGAACGCCAAUGUCGUUCAGGUCGUGCCUUUCGACUCAGCAGUCAAGUACAUGGCGACUGUUGUCAAGCUUCCCGAUGGAAAGUACAGAGUGUACGUGAAGGGAGCUUCGGAGAUUCUUCUUAAACAAUGCAACAGAGUCCUUGAGAAUCCCGGUAGCUCCGAGUUGAGUGCUGUGGACAUGACGGCCGAAGACAGAGAGAUGUUCGCACAGACGAUCAACUCAUAUGCUGGUCAGACCCUCCGCACCAUCGGUUCUUCAUUCCGAGACUUUGACUCCUGGCCACCCAAGGACGCCAUUUCUAAGGAGGACUCCAGAACUGCAGAUUUCGAUAAGGUUCACCAAGACAUGACGCUCAUUGCCAUCUACGGUAUCAAGGACCCGCUACGAUCUUCUGUUAUUGACGCCAUCAAAGACUGCAAUCGCGCAGGCGUUAUUGUUCGCAUGGUCACGGGUGACAACAUCUUGACCGCGAGAGCAAUCGCCAAGGAAUGUGGUAUUUACCACCCUGACGACGGCGGCAUCGCCAUGGAGGGCCCGACUUUCCGACGCAAGACGGAUGAAGAACUCAAGGAUAUUGUUCCCAAGCUGCAAGUUCUCGCUCGCUCAAGUCCCGAAGACAAGAGAAUCUUGGUCCGAACCCUGAGGGACCUUGGCGAGACAGUUGCCGUCACUGGCGAUGGUACAAACGACGCUCCCGCACUCAAGAUGGCAGACAUCGGGUUCUCCAUGGGCAUUGCUGGCACGGAGGUCGCGAAGGAGGCGUCCGGCAUCAUUCUUAUGGACGAUAACUUUGCUUCUAUCGUCAAGGCUUUGAUGUGGGGAAGAGCCGUCAAUGACUCCGUGAAGAAGUUUCUGCAGUUCCAACUCACCGUCAACGUCACCGCCGUCGUUUUGACCUUCGUUACUGCGGUUGCCAGUUCAACUGAGGAGUCGGUUCUCAACGCCGUUCAGUUGCUUUGGGUCAAUCUGAUCAUGGACACCUUUGCCGCACUUGCACUGGCUACAGACCCCCCAACACGCAGUGUUCUGGACCGCAAGCCUGACCGAAAGUCAGCAUCACUCAUAACCCUAAGAAUGGCCAAGAUGAUUAUUGGCCAGGCCAUUUGCCAGCUUGUCAUUACCUUCGUUUUGAACUUUGCCGGACAAAGUCUUCUGGGCUAUAGCAACUCUGACGACGACCACACAAGUUUGAGGACUCUGGUAUUCAACACGUUUGUUUGGCUGCAAAUCUUCAACGAACUCAACAACCGCCGUUUGGACAACAGGUUUAACGUCUUCGAGAACAUCACCAAGAAUUGGUUUUUCAUUGGCAUCAAUCUGAUCAUGGUCGGCGGACAAGUGCUAAUCAUCUUUGUUGGAGGCGCUGCAUUCCAAAUUAGGCCUCUGAAUGGAAAGGAAUGGGGGUUGUCCGUCGGUCUCGGCGCGAUUUCCCUUCCGUUUGGUGUCUUCAUCCGCUUAAUCCCCGAUACAUGGAUAGCGGCAUGCCUGCCUUGGUUCAUUCGGAAGAAAUGGGCGCCGGAGACUAUCUCAGACAAACGCCUCGAGGAGCAUCGCAGAUUUGCCGAUGGUCUCGAUCCUCCUCUGCGCACACACACCGGACUCCGCGGCCGCAGGGCAGAGGCGCACAUUCCAUUCAGACAGAGAGUGCAUGACGCAAAGGUUCACGCCAAAGUGAAGAUGGGCGGUCACGACCACAGCGCAUCGCCGACCAAAGAUGGUCGAUAG